AUGUGGAAAAUUGAAGAUUGCAAGUUAAAUGUACAUAAACGCAAAUGUUUGGAAUGCAUUCCCAUGGACUGUACUGGAGAAGCCCCCAAAGAAAAUUCUGAAAAUUCAAAAAAUACAGUAACUGACAAUGAAAAUGAAAGAGGAGAACAUAUAGAUGAAGAAUCUGGAGAAGAAAGUGAUACAUCAAUUGAGAAAUCUCUUAAAUCAGAUAUGCAAGAUGAUGAAUCAAAAAUUCCUGUCCAUGAAGCCUCAAGUAACAAUAUUCCUUUGCAAAGGAUAGUUCAAAGUGUGAAACACACUAAGGGGAAAAAUUAUAAGGUUCUUAAGGAGGGAUGGUUGGUGCAUCAUACGAACAAAGAAGGAAUGGGAAAAAGGCAUUUUUGGAGAUUGGAUACGAAGAGUGUUACUUUAUUUCAGAACGAUACAACUUCAAAAUAUUAUAAGGAAAUACCCUUAUCAGAAAUUCUGUCUGUUGAGAUUUCAAAACAGAAUAUAUGUUCAGAACAUAAUCAAGGUUAUUAUUUAGAAUUACGAACAGCAAAUGUUGAUUUUUAUAUAACUGAAGAAAUCAGUAAUCUGAAAGCUUGGGAAACUGCAAUAAGACAAGCUUUGAUGCCUGUUGAUACUCCUAAAACUGCUGCUCAGACUACUCAAGCAAGUAAAGAGCCAUAUAGUGAAGUUCCUGCAAGAAAAGAAAACUCAGAACAAAGUUUGGAUAUUAGUUUGCAGUAUCAAAUAUUUCCUGAUGAAGUACUGGGCUCUGGCCAGUUUGGUAUUGUUUAUGGUGGUGUGCAUAGGACUUCCGGACGAGCUGUUGCAAUAAAAGUAAUUGACAAGAUGAGAUUUCCCACCAAACAAGAAGCUCAGUUGAAAAAUGAAGUUUCUAUUCUACAAAAUAUCCAUCACCCAGGGGUGGUUAAUUUAGAAAAAAUGUUUGAAACUAAUGAAAGGAUAUUUGUUGUUAUGGAGAAGCUGAAAGGCGACAUGCUAGAAAUGAUUCUUUCUAGUGAAAAAGGAAGGCUGUCAGAAAGAAUUACAAAGUUUUUGAUUUAUCAGAUUUUGAUGGCUUUAAAGCAUCUGCAUUUGAAAUGUAUUGUACAUUGUGAUUUGAAACCAGAAAAUGUUCUUUUAUCGUCCGACUCUGAUUUUCCUCAGGUUAAACUCUGUGAUUUUGGAUUUGCUCGAAUCAUUGGUGAAAAAUCUUUCAGGCGCUCAGUUGUAGGGACACCUGCAUAUUUAGCACCCGAGGUUUUAAAGAACAAAGGUUAUAAUAGGUCUCUGGAUAUGUGGUCUGUAGGGGUUAUAGUAUAUGUAAGUUUGAGUGGAACAUUUCCAUUCAAUGAAGAAGAAGAUAUCAAUGAUCAGAUACAGAAUGCAGCCUUUAUGUACCCACCAAAUCCAUGGAAAGAAAUCUCACCUGAAGCUAUUGAUUUGAUUAGCAAUCUCUUACAAGUAAAGACUAGGAAGAGAUUUACAGUUGACAAAUCUUUAUCACAUUCAUGGCUACAAGACUAUCAGACAUGGUGUGAUCUCCGAAGAUUAGAAUCAGAAGUUGGGCAAAGGUAUUUGACUCAUCAAUCGGAUGAUGCUCGGUGGGAAGCAUACAGGAAAUUGCAUAAUCUUGAACCCCCACCUCCGGUGCCUCAGGAUGCUGAAGAAAAUCUAAUGACUUUUGACACCCCCUUAGAACCAUCUAGAAAUAGUUCUGGAAUUUUUGGGCGAGUUAGACUGUAAAUAUCUAAUUCUACAGUGUUGAUACAUUCCAUUGGCUUCCAGUUUUUAAGCUGAAAUAUAUUGCAUUUCUUAUAUUAUAUUAAUAUUUUGAAAAUAUGCAGCUUUAGGUUUUAGUUUACAUUUGUUGAAAAUCAUUUACAUAUGUUGAAAAAUUUUGCAUUACCUCUUUAACUGAAUCAUCGCAUUGUUUUUUAACAUCAUUCCAAAAAAGCUUGUGCCAAAAUUUAGAAGUAUAACCUUUCAUAUCUUGAACUUUUAAUAUUUUUUAUGCAAGUUAAAAACAAAUAUUAUCAUUUAUGAAUUUUUCUUAUGUGAUUUUAAUAUAGAAAGCUUAAACUUUUUAGAAAAAUUUAAAAAUGGCUAUUGAACUGUUAAACAAAUGUAUUUUACCUAUAUUUACAAUGAUAUUACAUUGCUGUUUACUCAGAAAUAUUUUGUAUCUGAAAAUAAUAAAAAUAUUUAUUGUUUUUAA